AGGAAACUGAAGGCGAACACAUUUUUGUAAACACCGAAGCACUGAACUGCUGCAAAACUAAAUGCCUCCAAACAACAACAACAAAAACAAAAAUCGUUGUUAAGCAAUGGAUCGCAGCAGAUCAUUUGAUCGAUCUGACAGAGAGAAAAAACACGAAAAAAGCAAACGCAGGCGAUCCUCCUCGUCCUCUUCCUCCUCUUCAUCGUCGUCGUCGUCCAGCAGCAGGAGCAGGUCGUCCAAGAAAACUUCACACAAGAAAAAAGAUGACAAAUCGCAGAGAAAGAAGCGCAAAGCACGUUCUUCGUCCUCAUCCUCCACGUCCUCUUCCUCCUCAUCCUCAUCUUCGAGUGAUGAAAAGACAAAGAAGAAGAAAAGCAAGGCAAAGAAAAAGAAGCUGAAGAAGAAAAAGGCGAAGCUGAAAAAACAGAAGAAAAUGGAAAAGAAGCUGAGAAAGAAGGAGAAGAAGAAAAAAAAGAAAUUGCAAGAGGAAGAGAAGGAGAAGGAGUUGCAGAAGGAGAAGGAGAGGGUUGCAGCGCUGCAGAGUCCAGCAGAGAAACCUCCAUCCUGCCUGGAAGUGUGGCAGAGUGAUGAGGGUGCAGUGGAGCUGGGCCCUGUCAUGACAGAUGAACAAAAGGCCCGGCUUGCUACUAAGAGGCCUCUCACCAAAGAGGAAUAUGAGGCCAGACAGAGUGUGAUCCGCCGGAUAGUGGACCGUGAGACGGGACGCACCAGGCUGGUGAGAGGAGACGGGGAGAUCAUAGAGGAGAUAGUCAGCCGAGACAAACACAAGGAUAUCAAUAAGCAAGCCACAAAGGGAGAUGGGAAUGCCUUUCAGAGAAAUCUGGGACUCAACAGGUAGAAGAUAUCGACAGAGCUUCAGUCAAUUGAUGCAACAUUCGUCGUUUACCCAGGCUUUGGAAACCUUCAGCACACUCAGCAAAGGGGAUUAUUUGUUUGCAUUUUAAGUCUGUUUUAUACGUGACUGAAGUACAUAGUGGGCAACAUCAAAUUGAGUUAAAAUUGUGGCACAUGUUGAUUUGCCUUUAUAAAUUUACUGUAUGGUGAUCAAAAUAAAGAUGCAAAGAGAACCAGAGAUGUAUGGAUGUUAAUAUAAUGAGCCAACUAGAGGUCAAUAUCAUCACAUCCCAGAUGGUCAGUACUUUCACAUGCAUUCAUUUUGUUUCCAGUUUAAAUCUCAGUGUGUACAUUUGAAAUGUUAAGUCAUGAGUCAUAACUGUAAACAAAUGCUUUCUUCAUUUGAUAUUAUGCAAUAAAUACUGCGUAAAUUGUGCUGGAUUUAAAAAUACAUGUACAGUGUGGUCGGUCUAAAUGCGCUGUCUGUACUCUGGAUACACACCAUUCGCCUACUUUAAUUCGUGGGUUAUUUUGUUCCUCCAAAUAAAGUUUUUUAAUGAACUGAUC